UUCCACUUAAACUGAGUACUGCCUGCUAACCAAUUUCCUCUGAAGCUGACUAUUUCCUUCUCCCAUGGCGGCCAUUUCACUAGACUCCGCAUCGUCCAUUUCUCUCAGGCCUACUUCUUCCAAAUUCCCCUUCAGAUUCCCAACUCACUCCAAAACUUCAUCUCUAUCCAUUUCAAAAUCCCGCAGCUAUAACCAUCGGAUCAAGAAAGCGCCUCUCUCUGUGCAAAGCAUCGCUGAAACGAGUUCCGGUCCUUCAUUUUCUAGAGAUAGUUCUUCUACUUCAAAGAUUAUAUCAGGGGUGAGACGACAUACAAUUUCUGUGUUCGUUGGUGAUGAAAGUGGAAUGAUUAAUCGUAUAGCUGGCGUUUUUGCUAGAAGAGGAUAUAACAUCGAAUCACUUGCUGUUGGCCUGAACAAGGACAAGGCUCUUUUCACUAUAGUUGUCUCAGGGACUGAAAAGGUGUUAGAACAAGUUAUCGAGCAGCUCCACAAGCUUGUGAACGUUCUCAAGGUUGAUGAUCUCUCCAGUGUGCAACAGGUGGAACGUGAACUAAUGCUUAUAAAAAUAAAUGCUGAUCCGACAUAUCGUGCUGAGAUUAAGAGGCUAGUGGAUGUCUUCAGAGCAAAAAUUGUAGAUAUCUCAGAUGAUUCUGUAACAAUUGAGGUAACUGGGGAUCCAGGGAAGAUGGUUGCUUUUCAAAGAAAUUUAAGCAAAUUUGGAAUUAGAGAAAUUGCUAGAACUGGAAAGAUUGCUUUAAAGAGAGAAAAGCUAGGUGCAUCUGCCCCGUUUUGGCGAUACUCUGCAGCUUCUUAUCCAGAUCUUGAAGAAAAGAUGCCUGCUAAUGCUUCCAUGGGAAUUGAAAAUAAAGCAUUCAACAGUGAACUGAGUGAAUCCAACUCAUCAUCAGGAGAUGUAUAUCCUGUGGAGCAGUCCGAUGAUUCUACUAUCAAACCAGUUCUUGAUGCUCAUUGGGGAGUACUCAAUGACGAAGAUGUGGACGGUCUUCGUUCACAUACUUUAUCUCUGCUAGUAAAUGAUUCUCCAGGGGUCCUUUAUAUUAUCACUGGACUUUUUGCAAGAAGGGGAUAUAAUAUUCAGAGUUUAGCUGUUGGUCAUGCAGAAGUUGAGGGCAUUUCACGCAUAACAACUGUUGUUCCUGGUACAGAUGAAUCAAUCUACAAGUUGGUGCAGCAACUUUAUAGGCUGGCAGAUGUUCAUGAGGUUCGGGAUCUGACCCACAUGCCAUUUUCGGAGCGGGAGCUGAUGCUGAUUAAAAUUGCUGCAAAUCCUUCUGCUAGGCGUGACGUGCUUGAUAUUGCCCAAAUAUUUAGGGCCAAGGCAGUUGAUGUCUCUGAUCAUACCAUAACACUCGAGCUUACAGGAGAUUUGCAUAAGAUGGUUGCACUCCAGAGGUUGUUAGAGCCUUAUGGCAUUUGUGAGGUAGCAAGAACGGGACGAGUAGCAUUGGUUCGUGAAUCAGGAGUAGACUCGAAAUAUCUUCGUGGAUACUCUUUUCCUCUAUAAGUUUGAGGGGUGAGGGGCAACAUUGGGGGCUUACACAACAAAUAUCGAUCAAAAGAUACAAAAAAGAAGAAUAAAAAAAAGUUUCUGCAUUUUUGUUUAUGAAGAUACAACUCAGAGGCGCUUCUGCCAGUUGAUCAAUGUUAUUUGGAGCUGACUAAAGGUGUAGAGUUCAUGUCAACACUGUAGUUAAUGGUGUGAGAAAUGUUUGUUUCAUUGAUAUUUAGAUGUUCAAAGUAAUUUUGACCACGGGGGGUCUAAGUUUUGAUUUUUUUUUUUUUUUUAAAUGAUUUAUUUGAUUUAAUUUCUAAAAUUCUAAGAUAGUAAUUAUUCCAUUUUAUUUGUUUCGGCUAA